AUGACACAAAGCAGGAAGAACCAGCCUAGCGCGGAACCGCAAGUGACGUAUUCAUCUGGCCGAGUGCACCGAGACACCCGAGAGGUGCCUGAUUUGCGAUUGCUACACUACAACGAUGUCUAUCAUGUCGAUGCAGCGAGUGCGGAGCCAAUUGGAGGUCUUGCACGGUUUACAACACUAUGCAAGGAAUACCAAGAGGGUAAACAAUACGAGGGUCAGUCUAAGAUCUUGACGCUUUUCUCUGGGGAUGCCUUCAAUCCUAGCUUAGAGAGUAGUGUGACGAAGGGACGACACAUGGUUCCUGUUUUGAAUGCAAUUGGAACCGACUGUGCCUGUGUUGGGAAUCACGACUUUGACUUUGGCGUCAAGCAAUUUGAGUAUCUCGCGACCAAAUGCACGUUUCCCUGGCUCAUUGCCAAUGUACUGGACCCAGCCCUCGGCGAGGAUGUACCCAUUGGCAACGCCAAACGAACUCACAUGCUCACUACGUCCAAUGGCAUAAAAGUCGGACUCAUCGGUCUAGGUGAACGAGAAUGGCUGGCAACGAUCAAUAGUCUGCCACCCAAUAUCAUUUACAAGUCUGCCACUGCGACAGCAAAGGAACUCGUCCCCAAAUUGCGAGAACAGGGUGCCGAAAUCGUCAUCUGCCUGAGCCAUAUGCGAGAGCCAAACGACAAUAAGCUCGCUGAACAAACAGACGGUCUUUUUGAUAUUAUUCUUGGCGGACACGAUCACUACUACAACCACAGCUUCAUCAAAGGCACGCAUGUCCUGCGUUCGGGUACAGAUUUCAAGCAAUUGAGCUAUAUCGAAGUCCGGAGGAAAAAGGACGGCUCGAAGCGAUGGGAUUUUGAUAUUUGGCGACGAGAUAUCACUUCUACGGUUCCUGAGGAUGAAAAGACGGCCAAACUGGUGAAUGAGUUGACGUCAAAGCUGCAAAAGUCGCUCUCAAGACCGAUUGGUUGGACGGCUAUGCCUUUGGACGCUCGGUUUAGCACCGUUCGAGUCAAGGAAUCCAACCUUGGCAACUUUGUAUGCGACGUCAUGCGCCGAUACCACAAUGCAGAUUGCACAAUCAUGGCAUCCGGUACGAUUCGCGGAGAUCAGGUGUAUCCUCCGGGUGUCGUGCGAAUCAAAGAUAUUACUACCUGCUUCCCGUUUGAAGAUCCAGUUGUGUGCCUCAAGGUCAAGGGCCAGGCGAUAUGGGAUGCAUUGGAGAACGGCGUAUCGACGUAUCCAGCGCUGGAGGGCCGGUUUCCUCAAGUAUCAAAUAUUGUAUUUGAGUUCGAUCCUAGCAGGGAGCCUGGGAAGAGGCUGAACUUUCUGCAAAUUGGUGGUAGGCCGUACGACCCAGAGGCAGAAUACGUUCUAGUCACAAGAGGCUACAUGGGCAGGGGAAAGGGCGAGUACUAUCCACAGAUAGAACCUCGCUGUUCACGUAUACUAACUGAAGUAGAUGGCUACACUAGCCUCCUUGUCACCUCUGAGGGAGGUAAUGCCCUCGAAAUCAUUGACGAAGAAAACGGCAUUCUCAUCUCUGCCAUACUCCGUCAAUAUUUCAUGGCCCUACGCACUAUCGGACAGUGGAAGCGCAUUUCAGACCACUGGGUAGGCGUAGCGGAACAGGCCAACGUUCCUAUAUCUCCCUCCCAUACUCGCGACUCCGAAAAGAUGCUGGGACUUCACAGACCACCCAAGACGGAUGACGAAGCAGCAGGUGCUACGUGGAAAGGCUUCCUACGACGAAGAGUUGGCCUGCAUAAAGAGCCAUUAAACGAUGACGACGACGACCAUUUUUGUCCGUCAGCAAACAAGGAUAGCAGUGAUGAUGGAGACGAGGACAUGGACAUGGACUUGGAAGUCUUGCUGCUGAGAAAGUUUUGGUCGAGGUGGGCGCGGAAGGCGGGUGUCAAGUCGACGGUUUGUGAGCCGUUGAAGGAUGGGGAUUGUGCGGUGGAUUGGACGAGGGUUAUUGCGCCUGUGUUGGAGGGACGGAUUAGAAUGGUGGGAGGGGAUUCAUAG